AUGGGAUGGUAUCGAAGCAGCCAGGCAUCUAGGGAGGGUGCUACGUUGCCGCACUCGAGGACGGCGCAACACGAUAUCGAGUCUGGAGCAAGACAUGAUUGCAACGACGUGUCGCUGGGAGAUUCGGACCAAGAUGCCCUACUGCGACGCAUCGAAGAACUCGGUCGCGAGCGUCCCGCCAUUUUCCAGACCACAUUACACGAAGCCAUGUUUGUCUUCUGCAUAUCCAUGUCGCAAUUCCUCACCGAGUAUUUCGUCUCUGACUUCACGCUCAUCCUCCCUACCUUGAUCGAAGAGUUGGACAUACCACAGGCAGCAGCAAUAUGGCCAGCUACUGCAUUCUCACUCGUCAUUGCGAGUUUCCUUUUGGUCCUUGGCAGGACGGCAGACAUGUUCGGAGGACGAUUGGUCUUUCUCCUGGGACUCAUAUGGCUGCUGGCAUGGAGCAUUAUCGCAGGCUUUAGCGUUAAUGCUCUGAUGCUGGACUUCUGCAGGGCACUUCAAGGUCUCGGUGCCGCUGCCACUCUCCCGAGCGGAAUUCUGCUGAUGGGCUCAAUCUAUCGUCCCGGUCCUCGCAAGAACCUGGUGUUCUCCAUCUACGGGACUUCUGCUGUCCUUGGGUUCUUUGGCGGCAUCGUACUCGCUGGUGUUGUUGGGCAAUUCCUGCGUUGGGGCUUCUACUUCUGGAUUGGAGCAAUACUUUCCGGAGUGACCUUGCUUAAUGCGAUUUGGUCACUCCCACGGGCGAAUGUCGCCGAUCACGACUCGGAGAAGGUCAGUAUGGACUACACAGGUGGACUGCUCAUAGUUGCGGGCUUGAUCCUCACCGUGUUCGCGAUUACGCAAUCUGCCCAUGCUCCUGCGGGUUGGCGGACCCCAUACAUCCCCGUAUGCUUUUGCUUGGGAAUCGUCCUGCUCUUCUGUGCUGCAGUCUUCGAGGCACGAUUUGCAUCCGAGCCACUUCUACCAAAGGACGUUCUCUUGGUACCGUCUCUGACCCCUCUGCUUUUUGCUGUCCUCAUUCUCUACGGGUGCUGGGGCAUAUUUUCCGUCUACGGGACGCUCUAUUUUCAAAACAUUCUGAACACCCAGCCACUUCAGAUUGCGCUGUGGUAUGUACCUCUUGGAGUCGCGGGGCUACUUUUCAGCAUCAUGGAGGGCAUGAUACUGCACUUGGUACCUGGACGCGUGCUGCUCAUCAUCCCGGGCAUCGGAUCAGUUGGUCCGCAGCUACUACUUGCUUUGCUGCAGGUCGAGGGCUGGAGCUACUGGGCCUGGAUCUUCCCAGCCACCAUCCUCAGUACUAUCGGCAUCGACCUCUCUACGAUCCUGCUGACUGUGUUCAUCACGACCAAGUUGCCUUUGGCGCAGCAGGGUCUUGCUGGCGGCAUCUUGAACUCCGUACUCCAACUUGGUGUUGCACUGACACUUGGAUUGACUGACAUCUUACAAUCGGCGACAGUGGACAAAGAUGGGCUUCGACAAAGUUACAAGAACACAUUUUGGUUCGGCGUGGGUGCAGCGGCCAUAAGUCUGUUGGUCAUGGCAUUAUAUGGCGACGUCCCAAGAGCGACGAGUGAGCUGAGUCUAGAGGAAAGGGAAGAGCUCAUACGCGCAGCCGAGCGAGAAGGCUACGUACAGUGCCAAGCGGGAAACGUCUCGAGCUAG